AUGGAAGAACAGCUUUUUAACAUAAAAUUUCAACAAAAACUUUCUGGGAUCUUUACAUCAACUCAAAUAAAUUUGAUUUUAAAUAAAAAAAAAGCAUAUAAAUGGUCUGAUGAAGAUUUAUCAUCUGCAAUUAGCUUAAGAAGCAUAUCCCCUAAAGGGUAUAGAUAUUUAAGGGAAAAAAAGAAAUAUCCUUUACCAGCUUUAUCGACAUUGAGAUCAUGGGCUUGUAAAUUUUCAGUAGACCAAGGUAUAUUGCACCAAGUUUUGUCACUGUUAAAAGCUAAAAGAGAGUCUAUGUCUCGUAAUGACAAAAUAACUGUGAUCUCUUUUGAUGAGACGUAUAUAUCACGCAAAAUAUGUUAUGAUAAAGGCAAAGAUCAGAUUAUUGGACCGUAUAAAUGUGUACAAGUAGUGAUGGCAAGAGGACUUUUAAGUAACUGGAAGCAACCAUUGUUUUAUGACUUUGACACACCUAUGACUACUGAGAUACUCUUUAAAAUUAUUGCUUGUAUUCAUGAAGUGGGAUUUGAAGUAGUUGCUCUUGUCAGCGACAUGGGUCCAACUAAUAUUGGCUUAUGGAAGUCAUUAAACAUAACACCAUCAUCACCUUCAUUCAUAAAUCCAGUUACACUUAAAAACAUACAUGUCUUUGCUGAUGUCCCUCACCUAUUAAAAUUGAUUAGAAAUCAUUUUAUUGAUAGAGGAUUUAUAUUUUCAAAUAAUACAUAUUAUAUUGGAAGGCAAAUUAUUGAAGAAUAUUUAGAUAUGACAAAUGAAGAAAUUGUUAAUGGAGCCAAUCAAUGGAAUGCAUUUAACGUGGAAGCUUUAAAUAAAAAUUCUCAUUCUGUGAAUAUUAAGAGUCGGAUGAAUGCGCUUAAUAAUUUAAAGUUACACAACAUUUCGACCAAUCAUAGUUCUCAACCAUCAAAUGUCAACUACCAAAUCACAAAUAAUAUUCCUGGCCAAUCAUCACCCGUUAAAAGUUUUUUCAAACCAAAAACUCCUAUAGCUCAUAAAUUAUUCAAAAGUGUUCCUACCGUUUCUAGUAGUUUUCCAGAAGAACCGCCGACCAAACGGACGAGAAACGAAUUUAAACCUGAAGAUCAAUAUUCAAACAAUGAAAUCUCUAUUAUUCAAAAUAUUUUUGAAGGAAUUGAUGAAGAUGAAAUGUUUAAUGAUUUUUGUUGUUAA